GGUCGCAUCAUGCAAUUGGCAAAACUCCCACAUCAUCCUCAGCGCGGCAGCACACAAACUGCGCACCUUCUGCACACACAAAGCAGCAACGGCGCACGUCGUUCGCCACAGCACCCCACGCCACAAGCAAGCAAAACAAGCAAGCAAGAGCGAGCCAGCGAGCUGCCGCCACAAGACAGACAGCAUUAACACGAGGGUCUAGACAGCUGACGUUGGCAAAGUCACAGCUGUGUUGAAGAAGAAGAAGAGGGGCAUGUCGCUGGAGUUGGGCAGCGAGCGCGCGUGCCGCCAGCCGAUAGCGUCAGUGCUGGCGCAUCUCGAGGUUGACCCCAAGCAUGGGCUGAGCGACGCUGAGGCAGAACGUCGGCGCCAAGUGUGUGGCAGGAACGUGCUCCAAGCAGCCGACAAGGAAAGCUCAUGGAAGCAAUACCUCGCACAGUUCAAGGAGCCGCUCAACCUGCUCCUGCUGGGAUCCGCAGCCAUCAGCUUGUUGAUGGGCCAGUACGAUGAUGCGUUCAGCAUCACCCUGGCCAUCGUGAUUGUCGUCACCGUCGCCUUUGUGCAGGAGUACAAGAGUGAACAGGCCCUCGAAAAGCUCACAAAGAUGGUGCCCCAACAUUGCCACUGCCUGCGGGAUGGCCAGAACAAACUCCUCAGCGCAGACGACCUCGUGCCCGGCGAUGUUGUUCUUCUCAGCACGGGCGAUCGCGUUCCCGCCGAUAUGCGACUUGUCCAGGCGACAGAUAUGCUGAUAGAGGAGUCGAGCCUGACGGGCGAGGCGGAGCCCUGUGCAAAGUCCAGCGCAACCCUCGCAGCCGCAACAGAAUACGAACUCGGCAUGCGGACGAACAUGGCGUUUAUGGGGACGAUGGUGCGUGGUGGCCGCGCUGUCGGUGUCGUCACAGCAACCGGUGCACACACGGAGUUUGGUCUCGUCUUUGGCAUGGUCGAGUCUGUCGAGCAAGGCAAGACGCCUCUGCAAGAAAACAUGGAGGAGCUGGGCACCAAGCUGUCCUUCAUGUCCUUUGGCAUCAUUGCGUUUAUCGUUGUUGUCGGGCUGCUGCAAGGACGAAACAUCGUGAACCUCUUCACCAUCGCCGUUUCACUUGCGGUGGCUGCGAUUCCGGAGGGGCUGCCCAUUGUGGUAACAGUGACGCUGGCGCUCGGUGUUCAUCGCAUGGCCAGCAAACACGCAAUCGUCAAACGUCUUCCAGCUGUUGAGGCGCUUGGGUCUGCGUCUGUGGUGUGCUCUGACAAGACGGGAACGCUGACGGCGAACAAGAUGGUAGCCAAGGUCGUGUACGAUGCUGCACACGACAUUCACGCGCAGGUGACGGGGAGUGGGUACCAGUUCAGCGGACGGGUGAUGCUGGGUGACCGGCCCGUGUCCAUCAACACGCCAGCAGCAACAACCGUUGCAGCAGCAGCUGCUGCCACCGCGAACACAAGUACACUGCCCAUGAUCACCAUCACACCCACCGCCACUGCACCGGCAUCUGCACCAUCGCCAUCGUCAUCAGCAGCAGCAGCAGCGGUGAAAACAGCGUCAUCAGCUGUCGAGGGCGCCGCGGUUGCGCCGUUUGCGUCUGUGAUUGAGGCCGCGGUGCUGUGCAACAACGCUGAAGUGCACACCGAUGGCACCCUCAUUGGCCAGCCGACAGAGGUAAUGGCGCGCUUGUGUGUGUGUUUGUGUGUGUGUGUGUGUGUGUGUGUGUGUGUGUGUGUGUGUGUGUGUGUGUGUGUGUGUGUGUGUGUGUGUGUGUGUGUGUGUGUGCGUGUGGCCAUGUGUGUGGCUGUGUGCCCAAUGUGUGAUGGCCGCUGUUGCUCCUUGUUUGCAACCCUUUCGCCACUACUCACCACGAUUACUGCCGCCGCCAUCACCAACACCGCCACCGAUGUGUUUAUCUUCACACCAGGCCUUGUCGCAAUUGCAGAUCAGCCACGCGAGGGCGUCAAGGAGGCCGUGGCGACGCUGCAGCGGAGUGGCGUCAUUGUGAUGAUGAUCACCGGUGACAUGCGCGCAACUGCAGAGUCGAUUGCCCACCAACUUGGGUUCUUCGAUCCAAACCAGCACACAUCCUUGUCCGGCAAGCAGCUUGAAGUGAUGUCUGAUGUUGAGCUGCAGCAGCGUCUCCACACAGCGCGCGUCUUCUACCAGACCACGCCCAGACACAAGAUGCGCAUUGUUGAUGCCCUGCAGUCUGAGGGCCACGUCGUCGCAAUGACAGGCGAUGGCGUGAACGACGCGCCCGCGCUCAAGCUUGCGUCCAUCGGCGUUGCGAUGGGCGAGACGGGCACGGAUGUGGCUCGCGAGGCGGCAGACAUGAUCCUAGUUGAUGACAACUUCAGCACCAUCAUGGCGGCCAUCUGCGAAGGAAAAGGAAUUGCAUUCAACGUCCGAAACUUUCUCAGGUUCCAGCUGAGCACGAGCGUUGCCGCGCUGUCGCUCAUCUCCCUCUCCACGCUCUUUGGACUUGAGAAUCCGCUGAAUGCAAUGCAGAUUCUGUGGAUCAACAUCAUCAUGGACGGUCCGCCGGCACAGAGCUUGGGUGUUGAGCCCGUGGAUCCAGACGUGAUGAAAGUUCCUCCCCGCCGCAAGAAGGACCCGAUCAUCACCAAGCAGCUCAUCCGCAACGUCCUCACGUCCGCCGUCAUCAUCGUCUGCGGGACGCUGUAUGUGUUCUGGCGGGAGCACGAAGCGGACGGUCUCAUUACGCGCCGCGACACAACAAUGACUUUCACCACCUUUGUCUUCUUUGACAUGUUCAACGCUCUCAGCUGCCGCUCUGCGACCAAGUCUGUGCUUGAGAUUGGGCUGUUUGCAAAUCGCGCGUUUCUGUUUGCUGUUGGCGGGUCCAUCAUCGGACAGCUCGCCGUCAUCUUCUUUCCACCGCUCCAGUCCAUUUUCCAAACAGAGGCGCUCUCGCUCUGGGAUCUCGUUUACAUCAUCUGCCUCACAUCGACCGUUCUCAUUGUGGAUGAGGCCAGGAAGCGGUGGGCGUUGCCCAAUAAGCGUCGUCUCCGCGUGGCCCUUCCAUUUUGAACGUCUAUGAACCAUCAAGUGCGUCAUGGGUGGGCGGUGGUUCGGGUUGAUAGCUUCUCACAACAAAAAAGUAGGCUUCGAUCCCAGUUGUGUGUGUGUGUGUGUGUGCAUGUGUGUGUCGGUGUGUGUGUGCAUAUGUGUGUGUGUGUGUGUGUGUGUG